UUGCCAUGGGAUUUGUGUCAAUAAUCUGAAGGCAAGUGGUUAUAAAAGAAGACCACAGCGGACAACUAACUAAAUAAUAAACGCCAUUCUACUUUUUCGGGUCAGAAAAGCGCUGUAAAAGAAAUCUACCAUGGCCAAGAUGAUGUCAACAAGAGACCCCUAUCCAUUUCCAAGAAUGCAAAAUGAUGAUAACUUUUAUGGAACAGGAGUUUCACAGGUAGAACCAUACAGUGAACCAACUCAUGUUGCACAAACUGCUGACCCAUGGAACAGAUUAAAUUCAAAACACACUUUAUGUAGUUCUCGGAGAGAAAUUUAUCACAAUGAUCCUGCAGCACCAAGAGACAGUCUUGAUUUUAUUUUAAAAACACAAUAUGAUCAACAUGCUGAGUUAUUUAGAAAUAGAAAUGAAACUUUAUUACAGCCUGAAACCCUCAACUUAGAUCAUGGUCGUACAUUGAAAAAUCGUGAAGUAAUUAUACCAAAAGAACCAUUAAGAAUGAACCACCCACUUAGUGUCACAGAACAGAACAAAAAAGAUAGUAUACAUAGUGUUAAAAACGCAAUAGAGAGUCAUCAUUCACAACAAACUAAUAAAGGAUAUUCCCGAAAGCCAGAUGGGGGCUUUUUUAAUAUUUAAUUAUUAGAUGUUUUAACUAGCUUGACAGUUUAACUACUUUAAACACAUCAAUUAUGCAUUAUGUAAAUAUUUACAUAUUCUUUGAGCACAGAUUAACAAUCUAACAUUGACUGCUUAUGAAAAUAAUUAGAUGACAAUUGAGUUUAGUAAGUAGAUGAUAUGACUAUGUGCCAAACUCUUUUUGUUAAUAUCACUAAAAGGCUUUGGGGCUAUUCUUUUUUGAAUAACAACCUAGUGACACCUAUGUAACAUACAUAUGAAUGCAUUAUGACGAGUGAAGUGGGUCUAGUUCCAUAAUAGACUACUAGGCAGACAGAAGGGGGUCGCUGUAUAUCGUAAUUGAAAAAUUCCAUAUCAUCAGUUUAUGCACAGUAAAAUUACAAGAAUACAUAUUUGGUUAAAGGGUUAACCAAAAACGCUUAACCCCUAAAUAACUCAUGGCGAUAACUUUCUCUGAGUGCUAUUCAACAAAGAACAGCCUCAAAAUACUUGGUUAUAUUAAUAUUAAUGAGUAACAUCAUUUAGAACAUUUUGGAAGAUACAUUUUGGAACUUUGAUACAUUUGUAGAAUUUCUUUCAUAAAUACUUGUGGUUCUUCAAAUAUUUCUAUUAACUAAAUUAAAAUUUAACAAAUGACGAGUAGUUCUUUAGUAGAUACUCUUUAAAUAGAACUUCUUUUGUUCAACUAACUUAACUAGUUAUUUUUUUUUUUUACUAACCAUUAACAGAAAGUCCUCACAGCGCUGCUACAAAUGGUGGAUAUUCACGUAAGCAUGAUGGUGGAUGUUACAGUAUUUGAAAUUUAUUCACAGAACUUUUAUAAUGAACCGGAGAAGAAUUUUGCAUUAUUUGGAGAAUUUUCUGAACUGAAGAUUACAUUUUCAACAUAAUUUUUUAAUGACUGCUCCCAAUUCAAAUAUCUGAAACCUUUGAUGAAAUGGAUAUCAGAAGAGCGUUGAGAAUAAUUUGUAAUGUUUUCUUUUUUGUAAAAGUAAAGAUCUUGCGGUUUGCGACUUACUGAGAAAAUAUGGUGAAUUUUGUCUGGGUACAAAGCAAUAACUUAUUCUCUAUAAUUGAUAGUAUUAAAAGUUUGAUUCAUAAAAUUUAUGUUUUAAAAUAUUUUUUACAUUUAUAUUGUUGAUUUAUUUAUGAACUUAUUUAGUUUAUAUUAUAUAUAUAUAUAUUACGAGCUGAUUUAAAAUACAUUUUUGAUAUUACAUGUAUAUAUAGAUCCCUGUUUAUUGGCCAUUAACCCUUUCUCCGGUCCUUAUUUUUCUUCCAAUUUGAUGUAAUGUUUAAAGUAAUAUAUAUUUCAUAUUAUAUGAAUCCCUGUUUAUUUUCUAUUUUAAUACCGGUAUACAUUAAACCUUGGUUCUUCCAAAAGGUAAAUUAAUGUUUAAAGUAAUAAUUAUUUUAUACCUACAGUAUUUUUCAAUCCUAAGCAUUAUCCCUGGUUAUAUAUUUAGAACACUAUUAUGGAUGUUGUAAUUUUAUCUAGUAAUUGUUGUUAUUUACAUAAUGUAGAUGCUGUCAAGUUUUCACUGUGAUAUAUAUAUUCUUACAUUUAAUGUAUAUAUAAUUCAUAUUUAUCUUGAUUAUGCAUAAUAA